UAGCGAAGCAAACAAUCAGCCGGCAACAGGCAACUGCGCAACUUCGGGCAAUGCAACCGAUCAGCAAAUAAUAAGAUUAUUAAAAUUGAAUCAUACCCAAGUGAUAUAGAAUUGUUGUUGCUGUUGUGCCUAUAGUCGUUUCCUCGAUAUCGAUAUGAGUGGAGUGCUACGACGCGGUUCCCUGAAUUUCGAUUGCGUUGGCUCCACCACAAGGGGCAGCCUUGAUGCGAACCUUUAUGGCGGUUACCGCGAGACAAAGCCCACACCAGGCACACCGGAAAUAAGUGUCAUAGCAAUGGAUUUUCGUCGCCUUUCGGAUGACUUGAAGAAGGUUGGCCUUAUGCCACUGCCCGCCACAGCAUUGAGCCCAUCCAAGGAUCUUAGCCAAGACGACAAUAGUGAUGUUCUAUCGAAUUUCCUUGGACAUUAUCGCAAAUGGAGUUUUUUGUGGACCUUUCUGUUGUGCUUGUUCCAGAUACCCACCACAUUUCAUUUGUUCAUGUUUGUUUUUCAGGUGAGUUUUCAGUGUUCAGGCGAAUUAGCGCCAAUGUUGCAACCAUCCGCUGAUGAAUUGGAGCAACUGCAAUCAAAGAGCCUGCAACUGGUUUUGGGCUGCAUUGGUCGCUGGCAGUGUUUGUGGUGUCCCGUCUUGUCGUUCCUUCAGGCCAUUUGCACCUUCCACAUAUUCGUUUUUGUGUUUCAGACCGCCCCCAAGGACUUUUGGUGUGCCAGGCCAGCUCAUCUGCAGGAGCUCAGCAUUGCGGAUUGGCGUAAUCUCAGCCAGAGCUCAAAUGGCUGCCAGUUGCUCGACAUUGACUACAGUCAGGUGACCUUUGAGAAUGGCCAGCUGAUCAAUUGGCCCAGUGAUGCGGCCAACUUGAGCUACAGACAGUGUCAGCAAUUUGAGUUCUCCGAUGUGGAUGGCGAUGCCAAGACAAUGGUGCAGGAAUUUGGCCUGGUUUGUGGCCAUAACAUAACCAGCUUUGUCGAAAUGUGCUUUCUGAUGGGCGCAGCGGCGGGAGCGGUGCUCUCGGGAUGGAUUUCGGACCGUUUUGGUCGGCGACACACACUGAUGACCUUUGUCAGCAUACAAACCAUUUUCGGUGGAAUUUUGGCCUUCUCAACAUCGGUGGCCAUGUUCAUGUCGCUACGUGUUAUAAUUGGAUUCGCAUCAAUGACCGUGACUGUUGUUAGCUUCGUGCUGGUCGUCGAGCUGGUAUCCGGCAAAUGGCGUACUAUAAUCGGCAUAUUAAACAUUUUACCAGUUGCCAUCUCGUACGUCCUCUCAUCCGGCAUUGCCUAUUUGAUCCGAGACUGGCGCACUCUCCAGCUGGUCAUAUCCUGCCCAUGGCUCAUCAUGUUGAGCAUCUGGUACUGGCUGCCGGAGUCGCCACGCUGGCUGUUGGCUCAGGGUCGACUCGAGGAAUUGUAUCGUCUGGUUGAGCAGGCUGCCAAGAUGAAUGGCACCACGCUGCCCAGCAACUAUCAAAAAACACUGGAGGCAGCUUUACCCACGGCUGCCCAGAAGAAGGAUUCAACUCAGGCAGAAACUGUUAACUCCGUGGAGGAAACAAAAACAGCAACAGUUGAAGAGGAUCAACAACAUGACUUGGAAUUACAUGUGAAUCCCAUUCUGGUCGUCUUUGGCCGCAAAUAUUGGCGCACCACAGUGCUUACACUGGUCAUUUGGCUAACACUCAUCAUCAUCUAUUUCGGUCUUACGCUUCAUCUGAGCAAUCUCGGUGGCAAUAUCUAUAUCAACAACGCGGUUGCCGGCGGAGUGGAGGCUCUUUCCAUCUGCAUCAGUAUUUUUGUGGUCCUCAAGGCGGGCAUAAGACGCAGCCUGCUGGGCUACAUGCUCCUGCCGGGUCUCUGCUGUCUGGCCACAAACUUGGUGCCCCAUGGCGAGGACAACCAGACGGGCGUCAUUGCUCUGGCCAUUGUAGCCAAGUGUUUGAUUGGUGCCAACAAUGCCAUUAUUCCCACCUACACAGCCAUGCAGUAUCCCACAAUUGUACGGAACUUUGGAGUCGGUAUGGGCAAUCUAGCAUCGGGCAUCGGCCUCAUUCUGGUGCCUUCUCUAUGGCAGCUGGAACAUUAUGACGCUCUGCUGCCGCUUAACAUUAUGGGAGUUUGUGGCAUCAUUGGAGCUGUUGCUAUAACACUAAUGAAGGACGUUGAAUAGCCAAAACUCUUCGAAUUUAAUAGGUCUAACUGUGAUAUAUUGGAAAUAUUGGUCAACGGCCCUUCACAAAAUCAUUCUUCUCAGCCUAAAAUUUCUCUCUAUUUAAUAUUUAAUUUGUUAUACUUAUAUUUAAAAUUCAUUUCGAAUAUAAAUGCGUUUUCGUUAA